CGCACUUCCGCUCCUUACAGCAAACGGGGAAGUCGGACCGUCUCCGUGUCUCCGGUGAUCCUCCGCAAGUCGUGGUGUCGUGCUGCCGGUGUCGGGAUGGCGAUGUCCACGUUUCAGAAGGUGACCCUGGCGACCUGCCUCGUGCUGUGCGUCGCGCUGCUGCUUCCUAAGAUGCUGUUAUCGCGAGGGAGGAAGGAUGCUGGCGAGCGGCCGGAAGGUUCAGGUCGCUUCCCUCCAAUGGUGCACCGUCAGAUGGCUGCAGAGAGCCGAGGCCAGAAAGCUGCAGGGUCCGGCUUCUCAAGGGCCCACAACUCCGAGGCCAUAGCCAGGGCCAAGGGAGCAGGAACAGGGGCAGGAGCUGGAGGCAAAUCCAACCUGGCAGGACAGAUCAUCCCCGUGUACGGCUUCGGCAUCUUACUCUACAUCCUCUACAUACUGUUUAAGAUCACAUCUAAGGGGAGCAGCAAGCCGUCAGAGGCCAGGUUUCCCUCAGUUCGAUCAGAGAACAUGAAGAGGAAGAUCACUGACUUCGAGCUGGCUCAGCUGCAGGAGAAGCUGAGGGAGACGGAGCUGGUGAUGGAGAAUAUCGUCUCCAACGCCCACCACAGCCCUGACAGGGUGAAGGGAGUGACGGUUGAUCAGGAGGAGAGUCUCCUGCAGCAGCUGACGGAGAUAACUCGAGUGAUGCAGGAGGGCCAGCUGGUGGAGGGGAUGGCUCCAGAGAAGAAACCUCAGGACGACUGGGAAGAUUAUCCUGAGGAGCCUCAGCCGUACUGGGAACCUUCCCACUGCUGCUGUCAACACGGUGAGCAGCAGCACAGUCCACAUAGAGAACCAGAGGCUGACGAGACUGAAACUAAAGGGACCAACCUGGCAGAUAGCCGUCCUGAGGAUGUUAUUGGAGAAGCGGAGGAUCUGAGCAACGAUGCUGUGAGAGAAUCUGAUUUGAUAGCAGCGAGUGAAGAAGGUGUGGGGCCGCAGAGAGAUUUAGGAGGGAAUGAGCAGGAGGAAGCAAAUGAACACAAGGAGGGAGAGGAUCAGAUAGAUCUGGGCGUCCCAGAGGAGGACCUGGCUGGAGUUCUGAAGGAGCUGGAGUUCACGCUGAAGAUGGCAACCAUGAUGGAGCAGGAGAGGAUAGAAGACCUCACCAGGCCAACAGAAACGUCUUCCAGCUUGGUCAGACGGAGGAACAAGAGGAGGAGGGCAAAGAAAGCCGUACACUGACUGCAACAUGAAGCACAUACACGUGGACAAAAUUGUUGGUACCCCUUGGUUAACGAAAGAAAAACCCACAAUGGUUACAGAAAUAAUUUGAAUCUGACAAAAGUAAUAAUAAAUAGAAAUUGUAUGAAAAUUAGCCAAUGAAAAUCAGACAUUGCUUUUGAACCGUGGUUUAACCGAAUUAUUUUUAAAAAUAAACUCAUGAAACAGGCCUGGACAAAAAUGAUGAUACCCUUAACUUAAUAUUUUGUUGCACAACCUUUUGAGGCAAUCACUGCAAUCAAACCAUUUGUGUAACUGUCAGUGAGACUUCUGCACCUCUCAGCAGGUAUUCUGGUCCACUCCUCAUGAACAGACUGCUCCAGUUGUCUCAGGUUUGAAGGGUUCCUUCUCCAGACGGCAUGUUUCAGCUCCUUCCACAGAUGUUCAAUAGGGUUUAGAUCAGGGCUCAUAGAAGGCCACUUCAGAAUAGUCCAAUGUUUUCCUCUUAGCCAUUCUUGGCUGUUUUUAGCUGUGUGUGUUUUGGGUCAUUACCCUGUUGCAAGACCCAUGACCUGCGACUGAGACCAAGCUUUCUGACACUGGGCAGCACAUUUCUCUCUAGAAUACCUUGAUAGUCAUGAGAUUUCAUUGUACCCUGCACAGAUUCAAGACACCCUGUGCCAGAUGCAGCAAAGCAGCCCCAGAACAUAACAGAGCCUCCUCCAUGUUUCACAGUAGGGACAGUGUUCUUUUCUUGAUAUGCUUCAUUUUUGUGUCUGUGAACAUAGAGCUGAUGUGUCUUGCCAAAAAGUUCAAGUUUUGUCUCGUCUGUUCAUAGGACAUUCUCCUAGUCUGGCUUUUUAAUGAUUUGUUUUCAACAAUGGUGUCCUCCUUGGUCGUCUCCCAUCAAGUCCACUUUGGCUCAAACAACGACGGAUGGUGCGAUCUGACACUGAUGUACCUUGACCUUGGAGUUCACCUUUAAUGUCUUUAGAGGUUGUUCUGGGCUCUUGUGUUACCAUUCCUAUUAUCUGUCUCUUCAAUUUUUCAUCAAUUUUCCAACUGUGGCCACGUCCAGGGAGGUUGGCUACAGUCCCAUGGAUCUUAAAUUUCUGAAUAACAUGUACAACUGUAGUCACAGGAACAUCAAGCUGCUUGGAGAUGGUCUUAUAGCCUUUACCUUUAACAUGCUUGUCUAUAAUUUUCUUUCUAAUCUCCUGAGACAACUUUCUCCUUGGCUUCCUCUGGUCCAUGUUUAGUGUGGUACACACCAUGUCACCAAACAGCACAGUGACUACUUGUAACCCUAUAAAUAGGCCGACUGACUGAUUACAAGAUUGUAGACACCUGUGAUGCUAAUUAGAGGACACACCUUGAUUGAACAUGUCCCUGUGGUCACAUUAUAUUCAGUCUUUUCUAGGGGUACCAUCAUUUUUGCCCAGGCCUGUUUCAUGAGUUUAUUUUUUAAAAUAAUUCUGUUGAUCCACGGUUCAAAAGCAAUGUCUGAUUUUAAUUGGUUAAUUUUCAUAUAAUUUUUAUUUAUUAUUACUUUUGUCAUAUUCAAAUUAUUUCUGUAACCAAUGUGGGUUUUUCUUUCAUUAACCGAGGGGUACCAACAAUUUUGUCCACGUGUGUAAACUUGAGCCUGGGCCUUGAUAUGAGGACAGAUUCUGUUUUUUUUUACUUCUGUUCUCAAUUAGAUAAACAGUAGCAUGAAAGAUGGUGAUCGCAUGAAAAUGAAUCACCAGCCUUGUUUAUCUUUACUUGAAGUGUAGAAAUGUGUGUACAGAGUGGUUUUAUAACAUUAAGCUUUAUUAAUAGGUUAAAAACUAUAUAGUCUUGUUUAUACAAUGCUCGCUAUCUUAUACAGUAAUACAAGUCGGCACAGUGUAGAAGCUCAUCAGGGUUUUGAUGUAAAUUUGUGAUAAAGUGGAAAUGCUUCCAAGACUUCUCCAGGUCAAGCCUCAAUGUAAAAUAAUCUGAAAAAGUGUUUAGAUCUGCCACAGAAGUGUUGUCAGAUUUCUUGAUUUAAUCUGUUAAAGCUGUUCUGUGUCAGGAGAUAAUCCAACCUUAACAUUUAGUGCUUCAAUUAGAAGUGGUUUUUAAAACAUGUAUGAACAGUGAACAAGAAGAAUCAGACCAAAAAUGGGAAGCACUUAUGCAAUUGAUGGAUGCUGGAUCUACAAAUGUUUAGAUUAAUGGAAUUUACACAGGUGAUUGUGCCUUUUCUCACCUUUGUCUGCAACAAAACACUCCUGUCAAAUGGUAUCAUGGUAACUUUCAUCAGAUUUUUCCUUCCAAGAUGAGACUUUUUACAGACAUUCUCCUGGGCUUCAUUUAAUGAACUCAUUGUGAAUAGAUUCAGGAUAGAACUAUAUUAAAUUUAAGAAAAGGUGGCAAUAGUUAUUAUACAUUAAUAGCUUCCUUCUCAUUACGGUGCUGUGUAAUGGAGAAAUGUCUUCUGUAAGAGUAACUUUAAGCUGCUAUCAGAAAAGCACCUGCAAACACAUAUCAGUAAUUGAAAUACCAUAAAUAAAUAUUUCCUUCUGGCUUUAACUUUA